CUAUUUUCGACGUCCAGUUCAGACCACUCAAACAAUUACCCAUACUCUGCAAAAAUGGCGGCCGUUUACAAGUCGUUAUCGAAGAGCGGCAACGAGAAGCCUGAAUCAUCGAGCAAUGGCGUCAAGAAAAACAAGCAGAGAGUGCUGAUCUUGUCCAGCCGAGGUGUCACCUACAGGCACCGCCAUCUCUUGAACGAUAUUGCUUCACUGCUCCCUCACAGCCGAAAAGAUGCCAAAUUCGACUCAAAGUCUAGACUGGGCGAGCUCAAUGAGCUCGCUGAGCUCUACAACUGCAACAACGUUCUUUUCUUCGAAGCGAGGAAGGGCAAAGAUUUGUAUGUGUGGUUGAGCAAAGUCCCCAAUGGCCCGACAGUCAAGUUUCAUCUCCAGAACUUGCACACAAUGGAGGAGCUGCACUUCACCGGCAACUGCUUAAAGGGCUCACGGCCGAUCCUUUCGUUCGACGCCGCUUUCGAGACACAGCCACACCUUCGUGUCAUUAAAGAGCUAUUCCUUCACACGUUUGGCGUUCCUCAGGGCGCGCGAAAGUCCAAGCCUUUCAUUGAUCACGUCAUGGGCUUCACCAUUGCGGAUGGAAAAAUUUGGAUUCGAAACUAUCAAAUCUCCGAAGUUGAGCAGAGCAAAGUCAAGGUUGAUGACGAGGAUAUCUCUGAGCAAGCCGCGACCGGCAAAUCCAAGAACACGGACAUCAACCUUGUCGAAAUCGGGCCUAGAUUUGUCCUCACCCCCCUUGUGAUCCAGGAAGGCUCAUUCGGUGGACCGAUCAUAUACGAAAACAGAGAAUUCGUCUCUCCUAACCAGAUCAGAGCCGAUAUCCGAAGGGCAAAGGCUGCAAGACACAACGCCAGGACAGAACAGACAGUCGGACGUUUGUCUAAGAAGAGCGAUUUGGGUCUGCGAUCCAACGGGAACCGACGGGCUAAGGAUGAGCUGGAUAAGUCUGCGCUGUUUGCGUAAUCCAAGGCACAGCUCAGAAAUGGUGGCGGAGGAGAUUCGAUAUCAUAGCGGCAUGUCUUGUACGUAGACUGCACUUAGGAUUUGGACUUGUAUAUACACAGGCGGCGCACAAAAUGGAUUGAUUAUAUGGCACGGUAGCCUUUCGUCUCGCAAGGCUCUUUCACAAACAGGCCCAGAUAUGAACAUGUACCAAGAUUGCUUCCGUGCCAGGUCGAUAAUGAUAGAUAUUUAAUUCUUAAC